CCCCACAUUCCAAAAACCAAACACCAAAAAACCCGUUUCUCUUUUUAAAAUACGACUUAUCAAAUUGAAAACCCACCAAAGUCUUUGUCUUUGGUCCUACUUCCCUCUCUCACUCCCCUUCUCUCAACCCAAAAAAAUUUCCCGGAAAUCUUCCAUUCCCCUUUAACACGGAAUCCCCACGUCUCUCUCUUUUUAUUCCAACAUCACCCUUCCUUAACCACCAAAACCAAACCAAACCCCACGCAUUUUCUUUCUUUCUUUCAUAGUUUUUCCCAAAAACCGAAGUGAGAGAAUCUAAUAAGUAACCAGAAAACCAGAGAGAACCCAGUUGGACAAUGAUGUUGGAGAUGUGUCGGAGGCCAUUGGAGAAGUGCUUUGGAGGAGGAGAUGGUGGAGAUGGGCUCCUUUGGCACAUGGACCUCAAGCCCCACUCUUCUGGGGACUAUUCGAUCGCAGUGGUUCAAGCCAAUUCGGCUUUGGAAGACCAGGGACAGGUGUUCACAUCCCCUUACGCCACGUAUAUUGGGGUCUAUGAUGGCCAUGGUGGCCCUGAAGCUUCUCGCUUCAUCACCAAUCGCCUCUUCCCCUUCCUUCACAAGUUUUCAAUUGAACAAGGUGGACUGUCAGAGGAUGUGAUAAAGAAGGCAUUUGAUGCAACUGAGGAAGAGUUCUUGGACUUGGUUAAGGCAUCAUGGCCUGUCCGGCCGCAGAUUGCUUCCGUAGGUUCAUGUUGUUUGGUUGGCGCAAUUUCAAAUGGUGUUUUAUAUGUUGCUAAUCUCGGAGAUUCGAGGGCAGUUCUUGGCCGGAGAGCAUCAGAGGGGCAGGCGGUUGUGGCAGAGCGAUUGUCCACAGAUCACAAUGUUGCAGUGGAGGAAGUGAGGAAGGAGGUUAAGGAUCUUCACCCUGAUGAUGCACACAUUGUGGUGUACACUCGUGGAGUUUGGCGAAUUAAGGGCAUUAUUCAGGUGUCAAGGUCAAUUGGUGAUGUCUACUUGAAGAAACCCGAGUUUAACAGAGAUCCGCUUUUCCACCAUUUCGGCAUACCUGUUCCUUUAAAGAGGCCUGUUAUGACAGCAGAACCCUCGAUAUUAGUUCGGAAGUUACAGCCACAGGACAUGUUUUUGAUAUUUGCAACAGAUGGUCUCUGGGAGCAUUUGAGUGAUGAAGCAGCUAUUAAAAUCGUCUCAAAGAAUUCAAGAGUUGGAAUAGCAAAGCGGUUGGUCAGAGCUGCGAUUGAGGAGGCUGCAAGGAAAAGAGAAUUGAGAUAUGAGGACAUAAAAAGAAUCGAAAAGGGGGUAAGGCGCCAUUUCCAUGAUGACAUCACCGUCAUCGUGAUAUUCCUGGAUCAUUCACAAGUUUCCCCAAAUGCUAGUUUGAAGGAUCCGAGCCUCUUCAACUGCACCAGUGUUCCUGUUGAUAUCUUCUCCAUGAACGGCGAUGAAGCCGAUGUAUCACUCCACACCAUUCCCUGAGAAUAUCAGUUGCACAAGAAUAUGCACCAUUGUUUAAUUAAAAUGAUAAUUUAUAAGUAGGUGCAGCAGGCUGCUAGAUUUUACAGGAAGGGUUUGGUUGUGUACAUAGUUUGGUGGCAGAUUGAAGGUGCUGUUGACUUCUCAGCUCUGAGCUUUGACCUCAUUUUCAGCUCUCUUUCUCGUCGGCGUAUAAUUUGUUGUGAUUUACACAUGAUGUAUAUACUGGGAUUUAUCUAUUGAGAUUAAAAUUUGCAACUCACAGUCCUGAUAAUUUGAAAAACUUUAUGACAUUAUACA